AUGGAUGGGAGUUACUCUAGCUUUUUUACAAAGGGUUGGUACAACACCUGUAUUAAGGCUCAGAUUGACAAUGUGGCAUUAACAAUUAUUUUCAGCAACAUGGAAGAGCUUAGAAAAUCCAAUCAAGAACUGUUAAAAAAACUAAAAAUUGGACAAGCGAGGGCAUGGGACAUUUUGAAUGACUCCUCUAAUGUUCAAAAUCGACAAACAGCCAAUGGCACAUCUAAAGCCCAAGACUUUCAGCCUCCUUAUGCGUUCAGUACACCAACCAAGACCUACAUUGAAUUCCUAGAUAAAGCUGGUAAUAAACGUUAUGACCAAAUUGCAUCAACAAAUGGUAAUUGUUCCACCAAUCAGCUAAUCCCUUUGUCAGAUAUAAUGAAUGAUAGCUCAUCAAGUAAUUAUGGGAGACCACAUAAGACACCCUUGAAAGAUAAAACUAUAGUUGGAUCAGAUGAUAGCCCCAUCCAUAGCCCUCAUUGCACUGAAAAUCAUAGGGAGAGAUUGCAUCAGAAAUUGAAUGCAUCUUACUCAAAGCUUGCUGCUGAUUUACGUCAAAUUGCUCCAAGCUAUGGUGCUGAUCUAGCAUAUGACCUGUCUGUCAACAGUGGUAUUUCCAACAAACCAGACUCAUAUUACAAUGAACUUAAAAAAUUCAGAAUGGCAAACAGUGAUCUUUGCUCUGUGAAACUGCCCGACCAUCUCAACAUUACUCAGAAUACCCUGAUUGUCGAAGACAAGGAAAACUCUGAUAAAGUUGAGGAACUUAAUCAUCAGUGUAUUCAAACGUAUAGUGUCAGUCAGGGUUACCGGGCAGUUGACUCCCACAGUGGUGGCCAAUGUCCACUGUGUAUAGGAGAUGAUGAUACCAAACAUAAGGGCCUGAUCCGAGUCAAUAUACCACACAAUGAACUGGUGGACUAUAAAGUGUAUCCCAGGGAAAUAGACGAUUCUGUGUCGCUUUCUUCUCACUGCUCAACGGGGUGGGAGCAUGCCUCUACACAGUACAAAUCUUUCAGACAAUAAUCAUAAGUCAAAUGUGAUAAAAUGUUCAUUGCUAGUGUGGAACAUUUGUUAAUCAACAUUAAUUUUAGACAUAUCAUAUUUAAGGGACAUUUUUACUGUAAAAUAAACUAUUAAAUUAUUAGAUAAAUUGACACCUAUCCAAUUUCUUGUCUUAUUCAGAUGAUGCUACUUAUCAAAGCAGUUUAAUUAAUUUUGACGUUUACUUCUUUAUAUAUAACAAUUUGUAAUAUUAUGUAAUAUUUGUAAGUUCACAUUAUUUGAUAACGGUUAUACAGACCUCGA